CAACUCAGUUUAAGGCAUUUAGCACAUCUUCUUUUUUCAGAGUGACAUGUGAUUGGAGCUGCUGCAGAACACGUCCUCUGUAGUUGUCAACUAGAAGGCAGCAGAGGUGAAUGUGUGAACAGGGUCAAUCCUAUCUGAGGUUACUCACCUGCAAGGUUACUGUGUUUCCACAUUGCACGAAGUGUAGAAAAGUUUGGCAACCCUAACGCGACUUAAAAUAAUAUUGAGAUACAUUUGUGACCCAGCCUGUGACACGAAAACAGCCAGGAGACCAACGGGCGACGCGUCUGUUUUUAGAAGAUCCGCCUCACGGUUGUAAUUGGAAAGACUGCUCCCGUCUCGCCAUUUUCCCCUCAUGCUUCUUAUGCUUUCAUGUGAUGAUUUUGAAUUAAGUCACUCGGCUUUAGAUGUCAGCUAAAUGCCCAAAAUGUCUGCACUACUUGUGAGAAGUUAGUAUUAACAUAUGUUCUAUGUUUAGAUGCUUUUGAGCUUCUUUUUUUAGACCUUUCUGUCUCUCUGGUUCAGUCCCUGCUCCGUCUCGUCUGGGUCAUUCACUUCUGUUGUGUUGUGCGUCUCAGCAGAGCUUUAUUUUCACAUGAGGCUGGUUAAACAAAGAUGGCAUCUUUAUAAAACUCAUAUAGUCAUCAACCUGGAAUAGACUGCACUCUCCUGGUCCUGGAAGAGUUAGUGAAACUGCUGGUUGAUGGAGUUUGUGCGGCGGAGUGGUGACUACUGCCACGCUCAACACAUUUAGAGCCAAUCUGGGAUGAAGCUGCACCAUGCAGUCCUGUGGCCCUGAACCCUGAAAGACCAUCGGCCCUCACCCUGUGAAGCAGCCAGCUCAUGGGGUAACACGUGGAGCCUCAACACUGGAAGCUAACGGGGGACAGAAGGAAACAGAGAGCUACUGAGAGUGAGAGACAACGAGCGAAACAGAGGACUGAAGCAUUGACAAUCACAGAGACACCAACAGAGAGAAACUGUAGCUUCCUGGACUACACCUGAUGGAGUAAAACUUUACUCAAGACAACAACCGUAAAGGCUAAAAACAGGAUCCCAACAGGAAGCUCAACAAGAGACAAUAAGUCCAGUCACCAGAAUACCUGAUAUUAGUUAACAAGCAGCUACCUGCUACAGCUAAAGGUCAGAGGUGAACCCGGGAUUUCAAAGGUCAUGCUGGCCAACAUGAACCGUCCAGCUCCAGUUGAACUGUGCCACAGGAACAUGAGAUUCCUCAUCACACACAACCCCACAGACAGCACACUCGUCUCCUUCAUCGAGGAUCUCAAGCGCUUCGGUGCCACCACAGUUGUUCGUGUCUGUGAUAUCACCUAUGACAAAACCCCGUUGGAGAAAGACGGCAUCACUGUGGUGGAUUGGCCGUUCGAUGAUGGAGCCUCGCCCUCAACUAAGCUGGUGGAUGAUUGGUUGAGUCUGCUGAAAAAUAAGUUUCAGGAGGAGCCAGGAUGCUGCGUGGCAGUUCACUGUGUGGCUGGACUGGGGAGGGCUCCUGUGCUGGUUGCUCUGGCUCUGAUAGAGAGUGGGAUGAAGUAUGAAGAUGCUAUUCAACUCAUCAGACAGAAGCGUCGAGGAGCCAUCAACAGUAAACAGCUAACCUAUCUGGAGAAAUAUCGAUCCAAGCACAGACUCCGCUUCAAAGACUCUCAUGCACACAAGAACAAAUGUUGCACAAUGUGAACAAAACCCAAAGACACCUUGUGGUCCUCGACGAAUGCUCUCAGGAAUCCAACCGUACAAGCCUUGUGUCAUAAGUACAUUCUGUAAACAGGCUGAAUUGUGUGCCCUGGAAAAUUUUGCCAGCAGUUUUUAGUAGAACGCAUCAUUGUUCCCUUUGUUUGUGAUGAUCUCUUGAUUUAUUUAUUGGAAUGUUUGCUUCGAGAUAGAUUACAGGAAAGAAAGAUAUGGCAAAGGUGGGCCAGGGAAAGAAAAUCACAUAAACAAUUACAUUUUGUAGAAAUAAAAUACACAAAAGUGUGUUCAGGCAUGGGAACCGCGUUGACAUUUUAAAUAAAACAAACCCAAAGUGUGCUCCUACGGGGACAUCUAGGCAGAUUUGGUGUAACUGAUGUAUUGGCCUUCAAAACCUUAAGUCAGAGUGGAUAUUUUGUGAAAAUACCAUUGAAUUAUUAUUUAUUUUUCUACAGAUAUUCUAUAAGUUUAAACUUCACCAUAAUCACGGUAUGAAAUGACAUGCAGUAUUUCUGUGAGUGUUUCUUUGAAAAAGAUUUUUGGUAUGACAAACCUACCAAAACCAAAACACACUGGAUUCAAGGGUUGUUUUAGCAGCUUAGUGUUUUUAUUGAGAAUUAGUGUCAAUACUCUAAGAUGCCCCUUUCUUUUACAUUAUUCCUGUUGGUGUCUGUUUUCAGUGUAACUGCAGACAUAAGAGCUCAUUUUCUGACAUUUGUCAAUGAUCAGAAUUCAAAUCCACUUCUAAAUUGUUAGAUUAAGCAAUUUUGUACCUCCGGCUUUCAUUUGGUUUUGUUGCAGUUGCAGCGUCACUUUAUUGGGCUCAAAUGAUGUGUUUACAGUGUGUGCAUUAUAUUAUGCUCUGUUUAUUGACACCCACAGAAGAAAACACAGAAGGCUGAUUUGAAUUCAGGUUUAAAGUAUACAUAUGUAUAAUAAUAAAAAAGGAAUUGUUAAUAAUUUAACAGUAAUGGUACAUUACACGUAUUCUAAAAAUGACAGAGAGAUGUAAACUAGUUGUAAAUAAUAUUUAAUGAGGUUUCUCUUUUAUUAUCCUAAAGCUCAGGGUAAAUCCCUCUAACACAUUGACUACAAAGGGUUGCAAAGAAAUUAAAAUCAUUGCAGGUAUGACAAAUGUUUUCUUUUUUAUGUUUGUGAAUCAGGGAGUAAUUUUCUUUUUAUCAGCCGUAUAUGACCCAGUAUCUCAGUUUUAAUCCAUGGAUUGUAUAUCGGUAAACUGAGAUAUGGUCAGAUCCUAGCACAAAUAAUGCUGGGCAUAAUUUAGACUAGGUUAUAGUAUCUUGUUCAUGAUUUCUUGUGGGGUGGAAUUAACUUAUUCAUCACAUUGAUCCUGAAUGAGGCAUGUAACCUAUGGCUUCAUGUUUUGCAGAUGAUAGAGAAUACACCUUUUAUGGAUUAGUCAAUUGCUUGUGAUAGUCUCCUAACGAUCUGAUGUCAUGAAUAACAAUUUGUAAGAAAGAAAUACAAGCAGAGGAUGUCAAAUUAAGGUAGAGAGAGAGAAAAAAGAUAAUUUACCAUCUUUACCUGAAAGUUUAACAGAUUGGCAACAGUUUGUUCAUAUUUGUGUGUGUUUUAGAGUCUUUAGACCAUUGUUUAUCAUUGGGACUGGCCCGAGCUGACACUUUUUAAAAUGUAAAAACAAAUGAUGUAAAUGUCUGUAUGUUUGUAAAUGAUUGCACUGUUUAAUAAAGGUUUUGUCACUGUCCCUAUA